CCAAAACAAAACAAAAUUCGCUAAUGUGACCGAUCAGGUGACAAUCUGAACGGCACAGUUUUCGUUCCGUGGUGCUUAAAACUGGAGCAGAAAAACUCCGAAAUGACUCCCAAUCCGAAGGAAAACAAGCUCAAACCGGGCCCUUCGGAGGAGUCCGGUGGCAGUGGAGACGACCAGCAGGCGACAGGGUCCGGAGAGGAAUACGAUGACGAGGAAAUCGAUGUUUCCCUGGAUGACUUCGACUCGGUCAAUUCGUACCUGGAUUCGCUCAAUUCGGCCCUGGAUGCGAUCGAGCAACGCAAUGACGAUCUCAAGGAGCAGCUGCUGAGCCUGCUGCAGUCCAAUCGAGAAAUCCGUCAAUCCAUGCAAGCGGAGAAUGCCAAGCGGACUGAAGGAGGCGGUAGCGGUAGCGGCCCAGAACCGGAAGCCGCCUCCGAAGAUGCCAUGGAACAUUGAGUUUACGUAACGAUUCAUUCCCUCAAGUUUGAAGAAAGUAUUUGUUAUAGGGUUAUAGGUCAUAGGUUGUUGUAAAUAAAUGUAUUUGUGUUGAUGGUUUAAAA